CUCCCCCACCUCCACCCCUCCCUCCUCUGUUUCCCCUCCCUCCUCGCUCUCCUGUUCGUCUGAGACAAACAAGAGGGACUCGUCCCUCCCGCUCUGCUUGUCCUCUUCUUCUUCCUCCCUUUCCCUCUCCAUGUCUCCCACCUCUUCUGGGGCUCCACCCUUCCUCCCCCUCUGUCUGGAGCUGGGUGCUCUGGAGGAGUCGGAGGGAGACAGGGGGGAGGAAGACCUGAGGGGGAACGAAGAGGAGGUGAAGGACGGGAGAGAUGAUGACGAUGAUGAAGGCAGCGCUCCUCCCACCAAGCUGGCUCUGCUGCAGACAAGCCACGCCUCCUCCAGCUCGUUGCCACAUCAACAGACAGGGCAGAGCUCUGCUUCACUGCUCCUUGUGUGCCGAGACUCAGCAACCCAACCCUCUCAGCUGGCCAGUCAGACAAAGCGACAGGCUGAGGGACAGCAGCCAUUUGCCCUGGAACAACCCUACCUGUCUGCACCUGAAGCCCCAUCUCCAGUUCAGAUAUCCCAUCAACCCCUGGUGCUGCAGCAGACAUCACGCUUUGCUAAAGCUAACUCAGCCUCUGCUAGUGUCACCAUGGCUAUCACUCACCUGGCAACACCCCCACUCCAGGUGAAGGAGGAGAGUAGACGGGGCUACAAAACUGAGGAUACCUGCAUGGAUACACACCUAGAAGAAGAGGAGGUGGAGCCACGUGAACCAGGAGGGGAGGAGCUUGACAUCUCCUUCGAUAGCCAGUUUCCUGACCUCAUUUCUGACCUCAUCACCGAGGAGGCCGAUCCCAUCGCAGUUCACCCCGCCACCACACCGAACCCCACUAUGUUCCCGGCAGGGGUCCGAUAUGUGGUGCCCCCCCAGCCUUCACCCUCCUCCUCCUUCCUCCCCUUCCCUCACCCGCUGCCCUCCUCCUCCACCCGCCUCACCUCUAUCACUGACUUUUCCCCAGAGUGGUCCUACCCUGAGGGAGGCGUGAAGGUGCUGAUAACAGGGCCAUGGAGCGAGCCGUCGGGUCGAUACUCCUGUGUUUUUGAUCAGAGCACUGUCCCUGCGUCGCUGAUCCAGCCGGGAGUGCUGCGCUGCUACUGUCCAGCCCAUCAGGCCGGUCUGGUGUGUCUGCAGGUUCUGGAGUCCGGAGGUUCAGUUUCUUCUUCGGUUCUGUUUGAGUACCGAGCAAGGAACGCCAGCUCUCUGCCCAGUUCUCAGCUCGACUGGCUCUCGUUGGACGAUAAUCAGUUCAGGAUGUCCAUCCUGGAGCGACUGGAGCAGAUGGAGCGCAGGAUGGCCGAGAUGGCUGCCUGCGACAACAACCAGCAACAACAACAACAACAGAGGCAGCAGCAGGGCAAUCAGCUGGCUGCACCGCCACCACCACCCCUGCCUGAGGACCGUGAACAGUCCUCGCAGUGGUUUGAGAGGAGGAUUGUCAGAGUAUGUGAACGGAUGAUGAGGGGAGGACGGUGGGGAGGAGGAGGAGGAGAGAGGCUUCAUCACUCUGCCCGUCACCGCGGGAUGACACUGCUCCACCUGGCUGCUGCACAGGGAUACACACAUCUGAUACACACUCUGAUCCACUGGAGGAGCGUUAACAGCGACAGUUUGGACCUGGAACAGGAAGUUGACCCUCUGAACGUCGACCACUUCUCCUGCACCCCGCUGAUGUGGGCGUGCGCUCUGGGCCACCAGAGGGCAGCAGAGCUGCUGUACGGCUGGAACAGCCUGGCUCUGGGAAUCCCCGAUUCGCUGGGACGCCUGCCACUCGCCGUCGCUCGCUCCCGGGGACACACCCGCCUCGCCACAGCACUGGAGGAGCUGCACACACAGCACACGCACACACAUGCACACGCAACCCCCAGGAAGACACACACGCCUCCAGCAGACACGUACAAUCCAGCCACGCCUCAGUCACAGCUGCCCCCAUCUCCUUUGUCCACCAGCCCAGACACAGGUCUGAGUUGCUCCAGCAGCCUCCCUUCCCCUAGUGACCCUUCUUCCCCCUCCCCGAGCUCCGCCUACUCCAGUGGCCCUGCUCCCAUGGAGACAUCCCCCUCCUCCCCCUCAUCUCCUUCCUCCUCCUCUUCCUUGAUGCCUCUCUCCCCUCCCUCUCCCUCCUCCCUUCCUGCCGUAUCCAUGUGGGGGGAGGAACCAGACUCUGCUCUCAGCACAGGUACCGCAGGUUUGAUCCCCAGCAGUUCCAGAGACUCUUCUCUUUACCUCAUGGACUAUGAGUCCACCUCCCCUGACGACACACACACUUACACGCAUGUACACACAGCAGGUGGGCAGCGUUCGCACACCGCAACGGCGCUGGAGGAGCAGCUGCUGAGCUACAGUGAGAACACUGAGAAUGAGGGUGAGGAGGAGGAGUACCUGGAGGAGGAGGUUCUGCAGGUUGACAUGGCAACUCUGGCAGAGCACAUCAUCGAGGCGACCCCGGAGCGAAUCAAACAGGAGGACUUCCCCGUGGGGGCGGAUUCACCACUCAGAGAGAGGCGGGACAACCCCACCAUACAGGACACCUGGCUGGCUACUUACCUGGACACGGUCGACGCACACACACACUCCCCACCCAGGCGAAUGUGCCCCCCCUCCCCCCUCAGCGCUCUGGCCCUCCAGAGGCUCCGCCCACCAUCUUCUGCGGCAUGGGCAGAGUUUCUGAAUGCCUCUGCCAAUGGGAAGAUGGAGAGAGACUUUGCCCUGCUGACGCUGACGGACGGCGAGCAGAGGGAGCUGUACGAGGCCGCCAGGAUCAUCCAGAACGCCUUCAGGCGAUACAAGGGUCGGAGGUUAAAGGAGCAGCAGGACAUGGCUGCAGCCGUCAUCCAGAGAUGCUACAGGAAGUACAAACAGCUAACAUGGAUAGCUUUGAAGUAUGCUCUCUACAAGAAGAUGACCCAGGCGGCCAUCUUGAUCCAGUCUAAGUUCAGGUCGUACUAUGAGCAGAAGCGUUUCCAGCAGAGCCGGCGGGCGGCCGUCCUCAUCCAGCAGUAUUACCGCAGCUACAAGGAGUACGAGCGGCUCAAGCAGGCUCCACGAGGCGCCGCCAGCCACAACCCCAAGAUCAAGGGGUCGUUCUUGACGAAGAAACAGGACCAGGCAGCCAGAAAGAUCAUGAGGUUUCUGAGACGCUGCAGACACAGGAUAAAAGAGCUGAAGCAGACGAGGGAGCUGGAGAGGAGAGGACUGACCACUUAAACCCUGUCUUCAUUUCAUCCCUUCUUCCAACAAAGGAGAGGAGAAGUAAGGCGGAAGAGGAGAGACGGAUAACAGAGAUGUUCUUAAUGUUGUCUGAUGGCGAGAGACUGACAGAGCGAUGCCUUACCCAGCGCUGACUCUUUCUUCCUUCCUCCCUCCUCUCCUCUGCUUCAUCUGUCUGUCCAUCUGUCGUCUGUCUUCUCCCCUGGUUCAACAUAGCUGUGUGUCUGCAGCUUAGAAAGAGCUCCAUUCAAAAAUGUCACACGUCCUGUUGCUCAGUCUUACAGGCACAGGAUACUUGGUUUCUUUUGCCCUGAGCAGCACCUUGCAGGAGGCAGAGCAGAUACAAACUGUGGAAAUCUGAGGUCUUUCUCAGUACUGAGUCCACCAAGGUGGUCCAGACUUUCAAGGACCAGAGGACGUUGUCCAGU